UUUUUUUUUUACCCAACAAGGUGCUGGAAACGUCCAGGUUAACAGCAUCAUCAUUCUUUUGUUGUUUGUGGCUGCACAGUAAUGUGUGGUCUUCUGCUGUGGUCCACCUAAAAACAAGUUUGAUGUUUUUUUAUUUAGAAAGGCUUUUCUGCAUAUUACCAUUGUAUGGGGUUCAUGUGCCUAUUUUAAAUCAACUCCUCUUGUAAGAUGGAGUCCUCAAUCUUGCUCUGGAAGAUCUGUCGUCUUGCAAGGUUAAGAUCCAACCGUAAUAAAGCAAAAAAAAUGUAGGUGUGUGUUAUAAUUUGAAACCAAAAUAUAUCCUGUUUAAAUAAUGCAGGUCUGUGUAAUAUAAGCAUUAUGGUAACAGAAUCUUGGGAAACCUGUGAGUACGCACACACUUAUGUAUACAUGUACAAGCAACGCUACACGUGUAAGAAGGUGAUCUGACAGGUCCAUUAUGUGGGCAUGGGCAUUGCUACCUGUUACCCUGGCAGUGUUUGGGACUAUUGGCCUUUGGGUUGUAUAUGGCAUAGCUGUGUCCAAUAACACAGUAAAUAUAACGGAAGAAUUUCCUUACAUCAGCACAUGUGGCUCAUACAACCCCCAAAGUUGUCUGUUUUCUCAAAUCUGCAACAUAUGCUGCAUGUUAGCUCUGUGGAUCAUCUCAAUUAGAUUUCAACAGAUACGGGAUUUUGGCUCUGCAUCCCGAACAAACACAGCAGGUCUGGUGAUUGGCUUCAUCUCCAGCAUUGGUAUUUCUAUUCUUGGGAACUUCCAGCCAUCAGUACUUCUGGGAGUUCAUCUGCUGGGGGCAGCCUUGGCCUUCUUCCUGGGUUUGGUUUACUUCUGGAUCCAGACAUGGCUUACCUACAGUGCCCAGCCGUCACAUGACCGGCGAUGGGUGGGCCCAGUACGCAUCAUUCUCUGCAGCAUGUGCACAUGUUUGGUCAUCUGCAUGGUCGUUCUGCAUAUCACAGGAUAUCGCUCUGAGGCCGCCAUAUGCGAAUGGGCUCUGGUUAUGUGCUUCUUUGCACUUUUUGGGGUCUUUGCGGCUGAAUUCAGACACAUUGAUCUCCAUAAGUUGACCGUACAGAAGGAGGGAAUGAAAAAAGCUAACGAGGGAAAUAGUGUGUGGACACUGCAGGAAAGUCAAUGAAAAGUGGCCAUUUUUUUUAGAUGUGGACAAUGGUGGCUGUUGGAAUCAAACACACACAAACUGCAAAGAACCAACCAUAUGGUUAAGGACCACAAAAAACAAUGUUUACGGUUUCUACUAUCACUUAGAACUUUUACAAAGUAAAUUAUAUGUUGCAUAACUUAUUCAUUAACACAUUAUUGCCAAAAGUGUACAGGGUAGCAUCUAUUUCAGUAAUACCUUCAGCAAUACCUCAGACUUGCUGUCUUGGGCUUUUUUAUAGCAGUAAGAAGUUUCUGUCUUGUUUACAUAUUGUAGUUUUCGAAGUAUUGCGAUUUUAUUUGUCAGAAGAUCAUCAUAACGCUGUUUCUGAAUGUAAAUAAACCUUUACAUCAAAAAUCUGCAGUUAUAAUGAACUUUACAAUAAAGAGAAAGAGUAAGAAAUGAAAGCAAUACCCUUAAAGAUCCCUGCUAAAAAACAGCAUAUACCAAUAUGCUGAUAACCACCAGCUAAACCAGCACCAAACCAGCUUGGGAAUUAUGCUGGUGGUCUCCAGGAAGCCAGCAACAAAACAAAACAUACGCUGGUCUUGUUGGUAUGCUAUUUUUUCCCAUAGACAUUAAAAUAAAGGUUUUUCCAGCUGUUCUAAAUUCACUGUAAACCACAGCUUCACAUGGUUUAUUACUUUUAAGCGUUUAUUUCCAUUUAUAACACGGGGCUGUUGAAUGCUUUAUUCU